AUGCUUCUGGACAUCAACGGUAAAAUGUUGUUUAAAUGUAGUCUCAUGUCUUUGCAGGUUUCCUCUACAGAAGAAUGUGUUGGACCAAUGAGGCUGACUCAGGAGCCGAUUCAGGUCCUGCUGGUUUUCGCCAAAGAGGACAGUCAGAGCGACGCCUUCUGGUGGGCCUGCGACCGCGCUGGAUUCAGGUGCAACAUCGCACGGACGCCCGAGUCCGCUGUGGAGUGUUUCCUGGACAAACACCACGAGAUUAUCGUCAUCGAUGGACGCCACUCGCGCUACUUUGAGCCUGAAGCUGUGUGCAGGUUGAUCAGAGCCACAAAGCCUUCUGAGAACACCGUUAUUCUCGCUAUUGUGCCACAAAAAGUGGCAGACCAGGACGAGCCGUCUGUUCUUCCUCUCCUCUGUGCUGGAUUCAGCAGGAGGUUUGUGGAGAACAGCAGUGUGUCGGCCUGCUACAAUGAGCUCAUUCAGAUUGAGCACGGGGAGGUGCGCUGUCAGUUCAAACUGAGGGCCUGUAACUCUGUGUUCACCGCUCUGGAGAACUGUCAAGAGGCUGUGGAGAUCACCAGCGAGGACCACAUAAUACAGUAUGUAAAUCCGGCGUUUGAGCGUAUGAUGGGCUACCACAAGGGGGAGCUGAUGGGGAAGGAGCUGACUGAACUCCCCAAGAGCGACAAGAACAGAGCAGACCUGCUGGACACCAUCAACACCUGCAUCAAGAAAGGAAAGGAGUGGCAGGGUAUUUACUUCGCUAGGAAGAAGGCAGGCGACAGCAUCCAGCAGCAUGUGAAGAUAACACCCGUCGUCGGCCAAGGAGGGAAGAUUCGACAUUUUGUAGCCAUCAAGAGACCUCACAUAGACAACAAUAAUCAGAGUGCCAUUCUCAACGUCACCGCGACAGGAGGAAAGACUCGAUCGAGUCCCGAUCGCUCAGCUCUCGCGGGUAGUGACGCUUCAGGUUUACAGAACCGGAGAUAUUCCUCUGUCGCCAGGAUUCACUCCAUGACCAUCGAAGCUCCCAUCACUAAG